AUGGAUUUGCUCAACAUCAUCAGUGGCGAAGUGCAAUCGUACUGGGAACAGCCCUUCGCCCAGCCUUACUUCGACAAUAGCACCCGGCGGGAGAUAACCGCAACCGUUGGUCAAUCUGCGCUGCUGCACUGCCGGGUGCGGAAUCUGGGCGACCGAGCGGUGUCCUGGAUACGGAAGCGGGAUCUGCACAUUCUCACGGUGGGCAUCCUCACGUACACCAACGACCAGCGGUUUCAGUCGCUGCACACCGAAGGCAGUGACGAGUGGACACUGAGGAUAACUUCGCCGCAGCCACGCGAUUCCGGCACGUACGAGUGUCAAGUGUCAACCGAACCGAAAAUUUCACAAGCCUUCCGGCUCAGCGUUGUGGUGUCCAGAGCGAAAAUCCUCGGCAACUCGGAGCUGUUUAUCAAGAGCGGAAGCGACAUCAACCUCACAUGUGUGGCGUUGCAAUCUCCGGCGCCGCCCUCCUUCAUCUACUGGUACAAGGGGGGUCGCGUGGUUAAUUACUCCCAGCGGGGCGGAAUCAGCGUGCUAACCGAGCGGCAAACCAAAACAAGCAAACUGGUCAUCGCCCGGGCCGUGGCGUCGGACUCCGGGAACUACACCUGCUCGCCCAGCAGCUCUGAUUCCGCCAGUGUGGUCGUCCAUGUCAUAAACGGCGAACAGCCAGCCGCAAUGCAGCACGGGAAUAGCAGCGCCAAUGGCAUUUUAAUAAAUAAACAUAGUUUUAGUUUAGCGUACAUAGCAGCCGUUCCGGUCGGUACAAAUUUAAUAAUAUCAUUAACAUCGUCAUCCAUCGGUUUUGUGCUGAAAUCGUUUCUCCUGCACGGUGCCUACAGGUGACUCGUGCUGUAAACGUUUGGGGUAGUUAAACUAUGCUAGGGUGUAUAAAUGGGCGCCACUGAUUUGGUGUUUCAUUGGGUCGUUGAAUUGUUUCAUCGUAUGUACCUACUUCUUUUAGUUUUGAUGCAAAUGCUUCGAUUUAUAUCGCCAUUGGAUACAUUUAUACCGAAUUGCAAGGAUGCUGGAGAAUAGAAAAAUAUUAUGUAACUGUGGGAAAAAGCUGAUCACGGCGUGAAUACGACAAAGGAUUAUCACAAAAAAUAGGCAUCGUCAAAUCUCUUACUGUUCGAAUGUAUAGGGUUUCUUUGGCAUUUUCCUCCUCUUUUUUAUUAUUUUAUUAACACAACAGUUGUUAUAAUUCUGUUCUGUACUACUAAUCCGAGUGGCUUCAGCUAUAGUCAACAUACGACACAUUUAACCCCAAAUUGUCUCGACAUCAUCCCAACUGCCUUAUUUCACCGACCCGCUUUCUUACUAGGGGGAAAUCUGUAAUGAGACCCCUGAGAAAGUAACACAAGGACUUUCAUCUUACCUUACUAUCUGGGGAGCACAUGGGCUUCAUUCUCACUCAACGGUCCAUUACGAUCUAUUACUCAACGGUCUACUGCGGAUGCACGUCUCGAGUGCGGUAAC